AUGUUCACCUUCUGCCAUGUUUGCCAACCCUCCUUAAACGUCGGGGGACUCCUCCUAAUGACUCGGAAUAUGUUUUGUUGUAUUUGUGGCAUUAACAUUCCUUUGCAGCCAAAAAUGUCUUGCGGAACGUACAUACGAGUAUAUAUAGUAGUAUUAUAUGUUGCACAAACAGGCUUAAGUAGAACGCAUCCAAGUAAGUAG